AACUAUCGCGAAGACAGGGUAAAUCCUGUACGACUCACGACCAACCAGCUUUGAACCAUCGCAGAAAUGGUACUGGAGCUAUGGGGCAGCGGAUUCAAUGCGUUCUCGCAACUCGUGCCCGACGAUGACCCGUUCCCGGACGAUAUCUACACGCCCGCGCUGCUAGUAACUGCAAAUGUCUCGCUGGAGCCCGUGUUUGUCGGCUGGAGUGACCUCGGACUCGUGAUAGACGGUACACUCUAUUGGCGUGGCCCUACCAAGGACCGCACCGAUGGCCAUGAUCCGCAGUCUACGGCCACCGGCCUAUUCGCCGGGAACCAACAGGGCAUGAUCAGCACGCCGCAUCACUCGGACGUUUCCCACCUAGCCCACGACGGAACCUAUCGGAUCGCCUGGAUCCACAGCCCCUCCCCGGCCACCGUGCGGACAACGCAACUCCACCGGCCCGACCUCUCCUUCGCGCGGCCAACACCGUACGGCCUCUGGGCCGACGGCGAGAACAUGGUCCAACAUCACAUCGAGACCCGCGCGAUAACGCAGCUAGCGGCGAACGAAACCAGCUUUACGGCGCUGACGGCCGAAGGGCGGGUGUUCACGUGGGGGGAUGCGAGGGGCGUGCACUCGCUUGGCCGCGAGCCCACGGCGGACGAGCCCGCGGAGGUGCCCGCGGUUGUUGCGGCGCUGGAUGGGCUCGUGGUCACACGGAUUGCGAGUGGUGGCGGGAUGAGUGCGGCACUCGCCGAGUCGGGGGAUGUGUACCUCUGGGGCGCCGGAAAGGUGGAGGGGCUGGGGGGUGUGCCCGGGGAGGUGGCAUUGGUGGACUUGCCGGUGGGGGAGGUGGAUAUUGUGGAUGUGGCGGUGGGCGCAGGGCAUGUGCUCAUGCUCACCGUCGAGGGGGAGGUGUGGGCAGCUGGAGAGAAUGAGAAUGGGCAGUUGGGCGGGGAAGAGAGGGCGCAGAGUGAGUGGAGGGGGUGGAAGGGCCCGUGGAAGGGACGAGUGAUGAGGGUGUUUAGUGGGUCGUUUGCGUGGUGUUCACUUGUGCUUGUUGAGAGAGAUAUUGAUCAUGAGGACGAAUGAGUAUUAUUCAAACACACCAUAUCCCCUCCGCUUCCAUUCACCACCCUGUCCCCACUCCCGUCCCUAGCCAGCCAUAAUAAUAACCGCAAUCGGUAAUAGUACAUGAGUAACAGUCCAGUAGGGUCUAUUACUCUUAGAUCGUUCAUCGUAGACAUAGAAUAAACAAAGCACCAACAAAUGCAAAUGAACCCGCUCAAAA